UGGGGAAUGAAUCAGGGGAUGUCGGGUAUGUAGGUAUGUCCUAAGCAUCGGCAAUAUGGGGGUGAGCGGAAGAAGCGAGUAGCAUGAACCUGGGGCUGAAUGCCUAUCCGUACUCUGUAGAUUCCUAAGAACGAAAUGUACGUCGAGAGCAAAAUAAUAAUAAUAAUAGAUAAAAUAAAUAACAAACAAAAUAAAAUAACAAAUAAAAAAAGAACAUUAAUCGUGUUAAGCGGAUUCUUCUCAUUCUUGGACCGCGGGGCAUUUUACCAAAAGUCCUUCAUUCCCGCAUCAGUUUUUUAUACCCUGCUGCUUGCUUUUCCUCUUCAUUGGUUAUCCAAAUGCUGCUUCGGGUACGUAGGAUAUCAUGAAGAGCACAAUGCGCCAGCCACUGCGGACUCUCCCUGGAGUACAAACACUGAAGAUGACUGAUUAUUGACCAUAGAAAUGUAGCUCCCACGCAGGAAGGAUUGAUCUUUGGAUCGCGAUCGACGGGAGGCCACGAGGUAAGGGGACGAAAUACUGAUAACACUGAUAGCUGUUACCCCUUGG